CGCCGCUAACAGCACGGUUUUAUCAUAGCAAUUUAGAGAUGCUUAUAUCGCUCAUGGCCGUAUGACUGUGUAACUAACAGCUUUUAUCACUUCAUUGAAGAGGACUGGAGGAGACACUGCUCAAGAUGUCCCGAGAACAGACGGUGGUACAACGGGCCAGGAAGUCCUUCCAGACAGGUAAAACUAAACCUCUGGAGUACAGAAUCCACCAGCUGAAGAGUCUGCUGCGCUUCAUCUCAGAGAGACGCAGGGACAUCGCAGACGCUGUCAAAAGAGACCUCGGCAAGAGUGAACAUGGGACAGAGCUGUUUGAGACUCUGGGACUGGAGGGAGAGAUCAAGCUGGCUAUAGAGAAUCUGGCAGAGUGGGCGGCUCCUCGGCCCGUACAGAAGAACCUCCUCACCAUAGCCGAUGAAGUUUAUGUACAGCCGGAGCCUCUGGGAGUGGUGCUCAUCAUCGGAGCCUGGAACUACCCCUGGGCUGUCACCCUGCAGCCGCUGGUCGGAGCUAUCGCUGCUGGUAAUGCAGGAAUAAUAAAGCCGUCUGAAGUCAGCUCUCACUCAGCUAAGGUCAUGGAGGAACUUCUCCCUCUGUAUUUAGACAAAGAUCUGUACCCAGUGGUGACAGGUGGAGUGUCAGAGACCCAAGAGCUGCUCAAGCAGAGGUUUGACCACAUAUUCUACACAGGAAGUAGCACAGUGGGUAAACUGGUGAUGGAGGCCGCUGCUCAACACCUCACCCCAGUAACGCUGGAGCUGGGAGGGAAGAGCCCCUGCUACAUCGACAAGAACUGUGACAUCAGUGUGGCGUGCCGCCGUAUCACGUGGGGGAAGUUUGUCAACUGCGGUCAGACGUGCAUCGCUCCAGACUAUAUUCUGUGUGAAUCAUCCAUCCAGAGCCAAGUAGUGGAGGAGAUCAAGAAGUGCAUUAAGGAGUUCUACACAGAUAAUCCAAAGGGCUUUGAGGACUAUGGACGCAUCAUCAACCAGCGGCACUAUAAGAGGGUCAUGGCUCUCAUGGAGGGGAGCACCGUCGCUGUGGGUGGAGACAGCGAUGAAUCUCAGUGCUACAUCGCUCCCACUGUGUUGAAAGAUGUGACGAGUGAAUCCAAAGUGAUGAAGGAGGAGAUCUUCGGGCCUCUGCUGCCCAUCAUCACAGUGAGCGGCGUAGAAGAGGCCAUUCAGUUUAUUAAUGAGAGAGAGAAGCCGCUGGUCGUGUACGUCUUCUCACAUGACAACAAGCUGAUCAAAAGAGUGAUAGCCGAGACGUCCAGUGGAGCUCUGCUGGCUAAUGACUGUCUGGUCCACUUCACUGUCAGCGCUCUGCCCUUCGGAGGAGUUGGAAACAGCGGUAUGGGCUGCUACCACGGCCGGCACAGCUUCGACCAGCUCAGCCACCUGCGCAGCUGUCUGAUCAAGCAGCUGAAGAUGGAGGGAGUGAACAGCAUGCGUUACCCGCCUCACACCGCCAAGAAGCUGGGCUGGGCUCGAUUCUUGCUGCUCAAGCAGGUCAACGUGGGCAGACUGCGCAACGUGGCACUGCUGGCCAUUCUGGCUGGGUUGGCAGCUUUUAUUGUGCAGAGGUUCCUGCGAUGAAGCUGGUGCAGACUCUGGGACAGCCACAUGGACUCCUGCCCUGUUGUUAUCCUGGUCCUGUAACAUAUUAUUCCAUAUAAGUUUAAUUCCAUAAGAUAUAAAAUUAUGUUACUAAUUUAUAUCCUUUAAAAAACAGGGAUUUUCAUCCCCUCUCUGUUACAAUUUAAGCUGCUAUAGAUUUUUUUUUUAUUGUUUUACAUCAGUUUUAUAGAAGUAUAGCUUGUAAUAUUUGUAUUUAACCUAAUAGAGAUUUAACAUUCACUUUUAAAAAUAAUGAAAACAUCCAUAAGAAUGAUUUUACUACACGGCAAAAGCUGUAAAAAACUUUUUAAACAACAAUUUUAACCGACCAACAGAAUAUCAUGUCUACUUUUAAUGGGGCCAGUUCUUAUCUCUGAUUUACAUUGCAGUAUGGUUUAUUAUCACAUUGCCUUGCACACUUCCUGCAAU